AUGAAGUUUUGGGUGAAGGCCAUCAUGGAUGACAACGUCCAGGAGCAGUUGCUCGUCAGCGCGAACAACUCUGAAGAGCUCGUGUGGGAGCUUGGCAACCUUCUCCAUGCGCCGGUGACGUGGAUGUCCGUCUCGGACUUCCAAACCCAGGUGGUGGACAAACUCAACAGCGGCGCCGACAUCGUCACAGUGAAGCUCACGACGCUGAAGGCGGCAACGCAGCCGCAGGACAUCGACUCUAGCUUCACACCGCCGGAGGGGCGAACCCAGCGCGCAACGCCGGCACAGCCCGGACUCGCGCAGGCACUCUGCCGUGAAGAGGAAGAGUGGGUGCCUCUGUCGCGUAGCCCGAGUCAGUCGGAGUCUGGCACGCAUGUACGGCCAGCGGUGCUAAGUCGGCUAAUGUUCGAUAUGUCCCACAUCGACCGCAUCUGCCUCCGGCGAGAUGACGUGGAGCUGCUGCUACACCCCACACACAAUGGUGCCUACCACAGCGUGGUGUCCGGCUGCUUCGUGCGCAUCCGUGAGCGGCAGGACUACAGUCUGUACCAGAUUGUGCGGCCGGUAAGUAGCGUCGAGCUGGUGUUGGACAUGAUUCACUACGAAGAGACGCGCCGCACGGAGGUGGUGAGCAACGCGCUCCCUGUACUGCCCGAGGUGAAUGCGUGGGGGAGGAAAAUGGUCGCGGCGUCGCGCAACUUUGUCACGGCCGGCUUCGUCGAGGCGAAGGUGGGCGAUGUGGACUCUUCGCUGCGCAGUGCGAGGGCGGCGACGGCGACGGCGUCACCGGAGCCGCUCUUCGCGCAGUGCCUCACCGGGCCGCCGCCCACACCGCCGGCGAACGGCAAGGACUUCUGCGGGCGCCGCUGCCGCGCCACCGUUCUCUCGUUGCCGCGCACCUUCUUGCACGCCUCUCCGGGUCGGGUGCCGCUCAAGACGAAUGACGCCCUGUUGCACGCGCAGGUGUGCGUCGUGGAGGAACCGGAGAAGGACGACUACAAUAUCGUUCUCUUCGCCUCACGGUUGUCGAACGGUGGCAAGAAGAAGCCGCGCCUCUCGGAUUUCGCAGGCUGUAUGAUCACGAUGGGCAAGGGCCGAAACUCAGGCAUCGUUAGCGACAGGGACGUGACGGAGAAGGGCUACGAGAUUUUCUGUGCACCCCAACGCUGGGGCUGCAACUACGUGACGCUGGCGCAGAUUAGACCCUCUGUUGGCGACGCCCCUUACUUCGAUGAAGCUGGUAAUCAGCUUCAGGACUUUACCGUGCUCUGGGGACGCUUCGUAACGGGUCUAUUCAACCCACCGACCAUUGCAACGUUGCCCAUCCCCGCAUGGGCGCAAGCUGACGGUGUCUCUGCCUUCGUUGUGCGCCCGCACCUAGUCGCACACCGCGAGCAGCUUCACGUAUUCUACCUCAUUCGCAUGGUAGGAGUGAACCCGUCGCGUCAUUCAAGUUUUAGCCGAGGGAACGCGGGAGACGUAUGUGACGCCAGUCUGGGCACCGGCAGCAUCGCAGGCAACACAAGCUGUGACAGGACCAACUCCAAUGGUCCCAUGGCAGCCCCUGGUGGUGCGUCGCGUAGCGGUAGCCCGCACAGCAGUGUGGCAGCGGGUGGCUGCCGCUACGGCCUUGCCCAUGCCGUGGCCACUGACGACAAACUGCGCACGUGGCAGCUUGUGAGCGAGAAGAAUCCCCUGUUUUCGUGCGCAAAUACCGCGCCUGUCUUCACAGCGGCCUCGACGUGUCAGACGGAGGCCGUGCGGGAGGGCGACGGUGCCGGUGUUGUGUCGUCUAGCCCACCGGAGAAGGUGCUGCAGGUCCUCUGGCACGAGGAGGAGCACUCCGUGCAGCGGCCAGCGCUGUCGUUCCGCCGCUCCCCCGGCUCGUCUGUGUCGCUGAACACGAGUAUGAGUGUUCGUGCCCCGCUGCCAUUUGAGCGCUGGGUGAACGCCCACCAAGACGUGCUGCCAGAUCUCUGGGUGCAGGAGCCGAGCUUCUCUGCUGUACGGGUGGAUUCGGACGCGCUGAGGUUGGGCGUCGCGUCGCUUUCCCUAUACGAGCACGAUGGUGUGCUGUUUGCUGCGUGUGUGCAAAUGGACUCCCGCCAGAAGUCCACUGUGGCGACAGUGCCGGUGACGGCUGAGCCGUAG